AUGCAAGGCUUUGGAAGAAAUUUCUGUAGAGAAGUGUCUGUCCAUAGUUUAAACGAGUCAGCCGAGAUGGAUAGUAUUGCCUGCCAGGUGUUCGAUGAAAUGACUCUGGUAAGAAUAAGGGGAAUAAAGAAGAGGAAGAAGAAGAGAUGGAAGGCAUCUUUGGAGAUUCAUGAGCGAUUUGAGAAACAUUCUCUUUCUGCAGAGAAAGAGAAGACAUCUCAUAGCUGUGGAGAGAUGGGUUUGGCGUUAGUGGAAAUCAGGGAAAUGUCAACAAGGAUAUAUACAACCGCCAAAUGUUCAAUAGAUGGAUGCUGUGGAGUUUUACAGAGAAGAAAAAAAGAGCCAACUGGGAGCAUGACAGAAAGAGUAUCAAGCACAACAGAUACGCUCAUCAAUUGGUGGUUUAUGCAAAGCCGUUUAUGGUACACAAGGCAGUUUUGA